AAGCUAGUGAGUGAGAGAGAGGAGAAGAGAAGUUUGUUGGAAGAAGUCUUCUCUCUCUUCUUUAUCUCUCCCCUCUAAAAAGGACAGACGGCAGAGUGAAAUCUAUAUAUCUGUUUCCUUCACAUUAACGUUUUCAUCGGAAGAUCUAGCCGGAAAGUGUAGAGAUUCAGAAAAAAGAAGAUGGAACCUAGUAACGGGAUGGAGAGUAAUAACAUGGAGAGAGAGUAUAUAAGGAGGCACCAUAAUAAGCAUGAGCUUGUGGAGAAUCAGUGUAGCUCUACGCUUGUUAAACACAUCCAAGCUCCUGUUCAUAUCGUGUGGUCACUUGUGAGAAGAUUUGAUCAGCCACAGAAGUACAAGCCAUUUAUCAGUAGAUGUGUUGUGAAAGGAGACAUGGAGAUUGGUACUGUUAGAGAAGUUGAUGUGAAGUCAGGGUUACCAGCAACUAGAAGCACCGAGAGGUUGGAGUUGCUUGAUGACAAUGAGCACAUUCUCAGCAUCAGGAUCGUAGGUGGUGAUCACAGGCUCAAGAACUAUUCUUCGAUUAUCUCUCUUCACCCUGAGACGAUAGAAGAAGGAAGAAUGGGGACACUUGUGAUCGAGUCUUUUGUGGUGGAUUUACCACAAGGGAACACAAAGGAUGAGACUUGUUACUUUGUGGAGGCUCUAAUCAAAUGCAAUCUUAAAUCUUUAGCUGAUAUCUCCCAACGUCUGGCCGUUCAAGACACAACCGUAGGUUCCUCAUGAACAGAGGAGAAGAGACUGAGAGAGAUCCAAGAUCCAAGAGAUUUGGUUGCCGUUGGAUGAAGCUUUCAAAGGGAAAAUAAAUAAUUUCUCAUUUAUUGUUACAUUAUAAUUUCCUUUUUUUUUACUUUGUUAGUUUGAUGAAUGUUUUUGGUUUCUUCUCUAAAGAACCAAAUAUGAUUUAUUUGGAGUUUUGUUCUUUUUUGCCACUUGAAGGAAUCUUUACAAUU